AUGAUAAGCUGGCAUAUAACAAAUUCAAAUACCCCAUUACUAUACAAUCCACCUAUUUCAAAAUACCAAUCAUUUAGUUAUAACCAACUAAAUAUAAAUAACCCACCACAAUACCCACAACACCCACAACAUCCAACACCACCUGCUUUACCACAAAAUCAAAUCCCCACUAAUUUUCAAAAUAUUCGUAUUUCAAAAAACUCACCUUUUAGCAACGUUUUAAUUAUCCCAAAAAAUUUAGAAACCAAUUUAUUUUGCACUAAAACAUUUUAUAGGGAGUUAGAACCAUUUAUAAAACCAGACGAAUUUUUCGAUUUAUUAAAUGACAUCAACGAAAUCACAGAGGAGUCAAUUAUCGAAUCUCGUUCAAAGUACAAGAGCAGAAUAUUUGAUAUUACCUUACUAUUAGUUUUCAUUUCAGUUUUAAUUUUUUUCAUUAUAACCGGUUUAUACAGAGUUGCAAUUAUUACAUGUGUAACAGUUAUCUUAAUAGGAACUAUACUCAGACUAACUUAUUAUUUUUUAACAAAAGAAAAAAUUGAACAGAAAAUAGAAUUAGGUUUCGAUAAUUAUUACUUUGAACUUAGUCAAAAAUUAUAUCCAUUAGUUUUUAAAGGUCUUUUCAGAAAAAUACAAAGCUCAAAAAGAUCAGGUUGGGAAUUUAUUCAAACUGCUUUAAUCAUAGAAUACCCAACAUUUAUUAAAACUCCAUACGUUUUUCAAAAUCCAUUAAAUAAUAAUAAUACCCAAAAUCAAAAUCAAAAUAUUAUAACACCACCUUCUCAAGCAUCAAUUCCUAUUCCAUCAACAUCAUCAACUUCACUACCAUCAUUGGUUUUUAGUGAAUCAAAUUCUGUAAAUGAAAAUAAUAUUAAUAACUUUAAUAAUAAUAUAAUUCAAGAUAUUAGUAUAAAUUUAGAGUUUAAUCAAAAUGAAAUUAAUAACAACAUUAAUGAAAAUAAUCUCUAA